AUGACAGAUAGCGUAGCUCGCUCUCCCCCAGCGUCCCUGCUCGACGGAAACCUGCAGGACGAAAUAUCUGGCACUAGAAGAUAUGCGCUGCUUGCCGUCUUCUGCUUGGCUCAGUUUUUGGAUUCGUUCAACAACUCGUCGCUGUUUUCAGCUCUCCCGACACUCAUUGUCCAACUGCAUAUGUCGGAAUCCGAGUCUACGUGGCUCAUCAGCGCCUACCAACUCACCUUUGCCAGCUUCCUGCUCGUGAGUGGGAGAAUCGCCGACGUGUACAAUCCGAAGGUGUCGUUCAUCAUGGGGAUCUCCUGCGUUGGAUUCAUAUGCAUUGGAGCUGGCUUCCUUCGAUCCAAGAUCGUUCUCAUUGUCCUACGAGCCUUAUGUGGCAUAGCAGCGUGCUUGACGAUCCCGUCCGCCCUAACGCUGCUCGUCAAUAUCUUCAUCGAACCCACCGAGCAAGCACGGGCUAUCGGGAUAUUCGGUGGCUGCGGCGCCGUUGGCAACGUGCUCGGGCUCAUCAUUGGUGCCAUCUUUGUCCAGUUCACCUCAUGGCCAUGGGUCUUCUGGUUUGCAGCCAUCGUCGCUCUCCCGCUCGCGGGGAUGUGCGUGUUUCUCAUACCGAAGCAAGAGCCUCGCCCAGGAGAAGAAGCCCUGUCUCGAUCAGUCAAGUUCAAGACGAUUGACAGUAUUGGCGUCUCGGUGCUCACAGCUGCACUCAUUCUUCUCAUUUUUGGCGUCACCUCCGGUACUUCCUCCGGGUGGGGUUCUGCUACCGUCCUUGCGCCAUUGAUCAUAUCUGUCUUCCUCGUCACCGGCUUUCUCUACUAUGAGACACGCAUCCCGUCAGAGAGAGCGGCCGUUCCCCCAUCGAUAUGGUUCUACAAGAACUUCUCGGUCCUGUUCGGCGUCGCCCUCCUUCCCCAUUUCUGGUUCACUGCCGUCUUCACGAUCUACACGAAUCUAUUCCAAGCCGUGUUUGACUGGAGCGCAAUCGUCAGCGCUAUCCAUUUUCUGCCUGUCGGCAUCGUCGCAUCCGUUGUCAGCUGCACCGGUCCUCUGGCGCGCAUAAUCGAACCGAAGUGGAUCAUCCUCACGGGCGAGGCUUUACUGAUCGUCGCAACGAUCCUCCUUGCGUUGGCAUCGAGCCCGAAUGCCUACUGGCCGUUCGUCUUUCCUGCCUUCGUGGUUGGCGCCACAGGGGCGAUGCUCGCGUUCACGCACACGAAUAUCGCCAUCUUCCGCACGACGCCGUCGCGCAUGGCGGGCACCGUCGGCGCCAUCUACAACGGCGCGCUCCAGCUCGGAUCCGCCGUCGGCAUCGCUACCGUCUCGAGCGUGGAGAGCAGCGUGGAGAAGAAGAGUAGCCGCGGCUUCGACGGCUAUGAAGGGAGAGCGGCGGCGCUGUGGUUCAUGCUCGGUGUCGUGGGGAUGGAGACUAUCUCCGUGCUGGCGUUCUAUCGCGUCGGGCGGGAGGUCGCUGAUGAAGAAGAGGUAUCACAAAUGGGGAACAACACGGAACUACGGAGCUCGCAGGUGAAUGCAGACCUGAAGCCUGGAGAUACUGGUCAGGUGGAGAAGAGAGCGGCGCAGUCAGGUGAUGUUACCGAGCGCGAUUGCAAUGGAGGAUAA